AACACCCGUUCUUGAUUGAUUCCUUUAAUAAAGCUGCGAUCAAAAGGAUUAAGUUCCUAUUGGUCAAAGUUUUGAAUUGAAGGGAGAUGGUAAAGAACAACGAUUUGAAUCAGUAUGACCGCAGUAAUCUUUUUACGAAUUCCGAUCAAUCUUCAGGGGAUGCAACACAUGAAUAUGAACUAGAGUUGAUUUCUGAUUCGUCAACCAUGAUUGAACCGGUUAAACAUCCGCCGCAACAACCCUUGCCCACCAAGUCACAGGACAAAUUAGGGUUGCCGGAGAGAGCUUUAUCCGCCGCGGGCGCCGCCUUUCUCUCCGCCAUUAUUGUAAAUCCUCUUGAUGUUGCCAAGACAAGGCUGCAAGCACAGGCUGCUGGUGUCGCUUAUUCGCAUCCAAUGACUAAUCUUACCAGCCGAAUGGCAGUUUUUGGACCCAAUAUGAUGUUUGCGGAUCUAAGAUGUUCUCCAUCAUGCACCCGUGCUGGAAUACAUGGUACAGUGUCUAUCUGUCCGCCAGAUUGUUUCGAGUACAAAGGAACACUGGAUGUUUUCGGAAAAAUUAUUCGCCAGGAGGGAGUAGCAAGGUUAUGGAGAGGCACCAAUGCUGGUCUUGCACUGGCUAUACCAACUGUGGGAAUCUAUCUCCCUUGCUACGACAUCUUUCGUAAUUGGUUUGAAGAGUUUGCAGCUCAGAAUGCUCCAAGCAUGACCCCAUAUGCCCCUUUACUGGCUGGAUCAUUGUCACGCUCGUUGGCUUGCACUACCUGCUAUCCUAUAGAACUUGCUAGAACCCGCAUGCAGGCAUUCAAAGACUUUCACAGUGGUAAGAAAGCUCCUGGGGUGUGGAAGACGUUGCUCGAUGUGUUAUCCAAUGUCCAGAGAUCAGAGAAUACGAGGAAGAACGUGCAAAAUUAUCGAGCUCUUUGGACAGGUCUUGGGGCACAGCUUGCUCGUGAUGUACCCUUUUCUGCCAUAUGUUGGUCUACACUUGAGCCAGUUAGAAGAAGUCUUCUGAAUUUGGUAGGCGAGGAAGCCAAUGCUGCAAGUGUGCUUGGAGCAAAUUUCUCCGCCGGUUUUGUUGCAGGUAGCCUUGCUGCUGCCGCCACUUGUCCUUUAGAUGUUGCUAAAACCCGAAGACAAAUAGAGAGGGAUCCUGCUAGAGCAUUAAGGAUGACAACAAGGCAGACUCUAAUGGAGGUUUGGAGGGAUGGGGGAAUUAGGGGGCUAUUUACAGGGGCGGGGCCUCGUGUGGGGCGUGCAGGGCCUUCAGUUGGAAUCGUGGUAUCGUUUUAUGAAGUUGUGAAGUAUGCUUUACAUCAUCAACGUGCAACUUCUUCAUGACUAAGCUAAGCUACGCUGACUUACAACUGUUCAUUCCAUUAGACUUGAUAUCUGGUUCGGUGAUGGUGGUGGAGGAGGAGAAUAAUUAUACAUGAUGUGGCAUGCAGAUGAGCAGUUUUGGUAGUCGGUAGAUUUAGAUGCUCUUCUCAUUGCCUCAUGAUAGCAAAACUAAUUCCUUUCUUUUUGUUCUUUUCGAUUUCCUUUUUCUUCUCCACGAACAAAGUCGAACUGUUUUAGCUGGUUUUGAACAGUUUUGGAGAUAUAUAAACACCAAUUGUUAUGCCAA